UGCCGCGAAGCGAGCCGUAACAGAACCAUUCUCUCCACCAAAGUACAUGGUCCGGUGUGGCCCAGCGAAUAUUCAAGCCGGAUUCCGCAACGCAGAGGGAACUGAAGGGCUCCAGGGCUACUGAUGCGGAACGCGCAUUAUCUCCUGUAGGGCUGUUGGGGUUGGAUUGCCGUGGGCCGCCUUAACCGUGUAACCUUCCCCCCCGGCCCACUACGGCGCCUUCCUUGUGAGGGAUACGCCGUCGCGCAAACGACCUCGAGGUGGCAUCCUGCGUGAAAUGAGCUCUGCAUUCUGGCCGAUCAGCCCGGCAACUUUAUGCUAUGCAAUUGCCCUUCAGCCUCGCCUUGGCACAAAUAAACAGCACCAGCCGCGGCGAGGAUCAAUAAGGAUCUCAUUCUUCUCAACACCCCCUUCAGAGCGCGUCUCCAAAAAUACACUAUCGAAACUAGGUUUCCGUCGCGUCUCGGAGAAGGACCGGGUCGACCCCGAGCGAUGGGUUAUGGCCUUUCGGUUUCCAGUCCGCCUCUUCCUUGCGUUUCCAGCAGAGCACGACCUUCGCAACGCAAAGGGAGCUGAAGACCUCAGACUAACGAUGCGGUGUGUGUGUGUGUGUGUGUGUGUGUGUGUGUCUGUAGGGCAGUCCAAACGCCUAAAAGGGCUGUCAACCGCUGACUUUUGUACUACCAACUCUCGUGUCCGUCCCGAACACUGCACAGCAGCCAACCGCCAACGACGGCCGGACACGGAUGGCAACCUAUCGAUAGUAAUAAUCACGCUGCAGAGACACAUGCUUACAGUAGCGCACCAUCCACCCGCCGCUGUCUCACAUUGUCAAUUUGGUUAUUUAGCCAGCACCGAUCGCCCAGGGAUUUGGUACCGGGCGCGUCUUAAACCGCCGAGCCACACAACCCAGCUCCAUCACCCUGCUCACCCUCCUUUCUGAUAUCUUCGCCCGUUACACCGCAUCCUGCCUCCCUUGUCCCUCGCCUGCGCGUGUCUCUAAUUUACGA